GCAAGCCGUCCGAGAAGUGGCUGGGCGUGACGUCACGAGUUUUCCUGAAAGUCAUCAACAAGCUGCAGCGGCAGCAGCACAGCGGCGGUGCCAGGGGCAAGGAGGAGCUGCAGCCGCUUCCCUUUAUUAUUAUCAGAAACAUUACCACCACCAUUCUAGUUUUGUUUGUGUGUGUGGCUGGGAUUUGCGAUAUUAUUAUUCUCAUUUAGGAAAGACGCGAGCGUUACCAGGGAAGCUGCCGAGGGGGGAACCCACUUGUCUCCCCAUCACUGCCUGUGCAGGCUGAGUCACUACUGGAGAGUAGGAAGGGCCACAGAGAUCAAAAAAGAAAAAAAGAGAGAGAGCGGGAGGAGAGAGCCUGAGAACCAGAGCUGAUCAUCCGCAGAGGAACGUUUCUCUGAGCUCAGGGCUCAGAGGGGAGCCAAAAUGAGCGAUAUUACCAUUGUUAAGGAAGGCUGGGUGCAGAAAAGAGGCGAGUAUAUUAAAAACUGGAGACCAAGAUACUUCCUCCUGAAAACUGAUGGCUCUUUCAUAGGCUACAAGGAAAAGCCCCAAGAUGCAGAUCUACCUUACCCCUUGAACAACUUUUCAGUGGCAAAAUGCCAGUUAAUGAAAACAGAACGACCAAAGCCAAACACUUUCAUCAUCAGGUGUUUACAGUGGACCACUGUCAUAGAAAGGACUUUUCAUGUCGAUACUCCAGAGGAAAGGGAGGAGUGGACAGAGGCUAUCCAGGCAGUAGCAGACAGACUCCAAAGACAGGAAGAGGAGCGCAUGAACUGCAGUCCCACCUCUCAGACAGACAACAUAGGAGAGGAGGAGAUGGACACUUCCACUAGCCACCAGAAACGGAAGACCAUGAAUGACUUUGACUACUUAAAAUUACUGGGCAAAGGCACUUUCGGUAAAGUCAUUCUUGUCAGAGAGAAGGCAAGUGGUAAAUAUUAUGCAAUGAAGAUUCUGAAGAAAGAAGUAAUUAUUGCAAAGGAUGAAGUGGCUCAUACACUUACAGAGAGCAGAGUACUAAAAAACACUAGGCACCCAUUUUUAACUUCUUUGAAGUAUUCUUUCCAAACUAAGGAUCGGUUGUGCUUCGUGAUGGAGUAUGUCAAUGGAGGCGAGCUGUUUUUCCAUUUGUCGAGAGAGAGGGUGUUCUCCGAGGACCGCACACGCUUUUAUGGGGCUGAGAUCGUCUCUGCUCUCGACUAUCUACACUCCGCCAAGAUUGUGUACCGGGAUCUCAAGCUGGAAAAUUUAAUGCUAGAUAAAGACGGCCACAUCAAAAUCACAGACUUUGGACUUUGCAAAGAAGGAAUCACUGAUGCUGCUACCAUGAAGACGUUCUGUGGUACACCGGAAUAUCUGGCUCCAGAGGUGCUGGAAGAUAAUGACUAUGGGCGUGCAGUAGACUGGUGGGGCUUGGGCGUUGUCAUGUAUGAAAUGAUGUGUGGACGACUGCCCUUCUAUAACCAGGACCAUGAGAAGCUCUUCGAACUUAUUCUUAUGGAGGACAUCAAGUUCCCCAGAACCCUCUCUUCUGAUGCAAAAUCUCUACUUUCCGGGCUCCUUAUAAAAGAUCCAAAUAAAAGAGUUGGCGGUGGGCCAGACGAUGCUAAAGAAAUCAUGCGGCACAGUUUUUUUGUUGGAAUAAACUGGCAAGAUGUGUAUGAUAAAAAGCUUAUACCUCCAUUCAAGCCUCAGGUGUCCUCUGAGACAGACACAAGGUAUUUUGAUGAGGAAUUUACAGCUCAGACGAUUACAAUAACUCCUCCGGAAAAAUUCGAUGAAGACGGAAUGGACUGCAUGGAUAAUGAGCGGAGGCCGCACUUCCCCCAGUUUUCCUACUCCGCCAGUGGAAGGGAAUAGGAGUCCACAGUGCUGCUUCACCUCUGUUCAAGGUUAUCACUGGAAACUGGUCCUCUGCAUUACCACCAGAUCCUAGCACUACUUCAGUACUUGCGUUUUGAGUUUUCUUUUUGACAGGAAAAAUCAUCAGGUGUUGGUUUAUUUAUUUUUAUUUUGUUCUGGGAGGGGAAAAGGGUGGUUACACAAAGAGCAGUGUCGUGUCACUGAGGCCUCAGGCUAUUAUACCUCCUACUGUUUGGACAUUAUUGGCCACUGCAAAGAGCAUUUUUGUUUGUUUGUUUGUUUGUUUUGAAAGCCGUUGAAAUUCCUGUUAGUUAAGGAAUGAAAACACUGUCUUAAGAUAUAUGCUAUCGUUUAUUUGCGUUUCAGGUUGUAAAAAAAGCAAAUUUAGCUAAUUUGAGAAAAACCCUGAAAUACUGAUUUGAAAAGAAUAAAAAGGGUACUUUUCCUUUUGAAGGCUUGGAGAAUCCAUUAUGAGUUUAAAAUUACAUGUACUGCCAGUGGAUUUUUUUUUUUUUUUUACUUUUGUAUUAAUUUGGGCUGAUUGUAGCAGGCAGUUUUUUUUCUUUUUUUUUUAAUCUGUGCUUUUUGUUAGACAUAUCAUUGCUACACAAAGCAAUAGAGUGUUAUUGUUUUAAUAGCUGACUGACAAAAAAACUACAACAAACAAAAAUGAUUGUAAUUAUGUAAAGCAUUUGAAAGCAUAUGGAUUCCAACUACUAUUGAUACUCCAUUCUGUUAGCGAGAGUAGCUGGUAGCUCCACUUCCAUCUAAGUGCAAUGACAGGAUGUAUAAACACUUAAAACCAUAGUAAGCUGAGGGGUGAAUGGGGGAAAAGCACUGUUAAAAACACAACAAAAAAGGGUUUUGAAAUAUAAUUUCUUGUGUUUGGUUUUAGUUUGUUUUAUUUUAUUUUUGUAAAUUAUUAUUAUUGUCCAGUUUUUUGUUCUGGAUCAAAAGGCACCUCUGAUGGCUGAAGAAUGUAAACGUGCAUAAUGCUAAGGCCUUUUAUUUAUAUUUUUCCCCGUUUGAUUACCAAAACAUGGGGGGGGGGAACCGUACAGACAAUUACUUCAAAGUCCUCUCUUUACCGUUCUAGUAUUUAUUUGUAAAUUUUAAUUGUUGUAUGUGUUGUUUUGGCAGGCUUCUGCUACUUUUUAUUUUUUUACUGAAGGUUUUUCAAUAUUGAGACUUGGCAAAAAUGUUAAAACACUUGAUUUUUUAAAACAGUAAAAGGGCUGUACAAGCUGGCAAUCAUAUAUAUAUAUAUAAAGCAAUUUUGGUCAGCCUAGUUACAUUUUUAAAACUAGGCUGGCCAAACUAAAGUUUAUAUGUAAAUACUGUAGCAUGACACUGAUAAGGCUGGUUAUUAAGAAUGUAUAGCACACAUCACUCAUAAUCUAAAGCUCUCAAGUGCAGCGUUUUCUGUGCUGUAGGGUUAGUCGAAUUUGGCUUUUCUAUAGUGUUAUGGGCCAGAGGUAGAUGUAUAGGCCCUUUUGGAGGCUUAGCAUACCAAUGACAAUGUUUUAUCUUAAUCAUAAUCACUUAUCGAUGAGGGUACUUCCUGUUUAUCCAGUUAUGGUUAUUGCAUAUGGGGCUUGCAUUUCAGCUCCUUCAAACCAUCUGCAGGAAUAACCAAAUAAAGAAAAAAAAAACAAUGGCAAAUGGUGUUCCCUUUUUAAACCAGGUUGUCUGUAGUAUAUUCGGGUAAGAGAGCUGGGGUGAGCUACGAGGCACCAAGGCUGCUAAAUAUAGCCAGUAGCAGUGUAGGCAGGUGGUUUAGACACAAGCAAAGGAGGUUAUAGUUCAAACCCCAGCUCAAAGUCAGUGCCUCCUCCUGCCUCAGCCUUCCAAGAGAAGGCAAGAUGGCAAACUAGUGCAAGCAAGACCAUUACCUCCAAGACGCUGAACAGCAUUUCAGAUGUUUUUUUGUUUUUUUACCCCUCCAAUGUAUUCGUUAAUACAAAAGGGCAAAUAUAUAGGUGAAUCAAUUGACAAAUAGAAGGGGUGCAAAUGGGGUGAAAAUAGAUUUAGGUUCAGCAGUAAUUCAAAGGCUUUAGUGUUCAUACAUUUGAGGUUUCUUAUAUCUAUAACAUAUUUCCUGUAUUUCCCUGAUUUUUCAUUUGCACACCUAUGAACAAGUUAAUUAAACAAUUAGGGAAAGAGAAAAAAGGGCUAGACUUUAUUUGCCCCUGUUUUUUCUCAGUUAAUUUUCCCAAACUAGUAACAGCAAAUGUACAUUCUGUAUUAUGCAUUUCUUUUUUUGAAACAAUAAUCCAUUGUUAUUCCACUUUGAAAAUCAGAAACUUUGCACUGCAAACAAAGCUUACUAAAUGUCUUAAUUGGCAAGUUGAAGGUAUGGAGUCAAUGCUAGGGAAAGUAAAUCUUCAUUUUCACGCUGUAGAUUGUCAAAGAUUUAACCAUAAAUUUGCAGGAAAGCAUUUUGCUUUGACAGUUUAACAUUAUUCAUUCCAAAUGUUACACUUAUUUAUUUGUUUAUUUUUAGGGAUUGGCAGGCCUACGCCCUCUUCACUCACAUUGUAUGACAUCAGCAGAUGGGCAGUCAACGAAGAAAAGGGAAAAUAUUUUAACAUGAUGCCGGUACUAGUUAUUUAAAUAUAUCUGUAUGAACUUGCAGUAAACGGUACGUGUAGUUUUAGUUUAGAGGCAUCAUGUGAAGACUGAAGAAGAUUUGUUUACAUUACCCAAUGGGAGUUUUAGCUGUAGGACCACAAGCUUCCUCAGUCUGGGAGUAAAAUAGUAAUUGUCUUGCUACUACAAACAUCAGUAGGGUGCCAUACAUGCUGUCUUCAUCUUCAGGAAGUACUAAUUUUAUAGGGAAAACAUAUAGAGCUGAUAUUUUCAGCAUGGGCUUAUAAAGUCUCAACCUACCUAAACUUCAAAGUGGUGUACACACACAUAGACAGCAAAAGAAUUAGAGCUAUCAAGGUAUAUGUUGUAAACAAAAUUCUCCCACUAACUGAUUAACGUAGAUUUAGAUCAGGGGCUCUCAAAUCCGGCCUGGCAACACCCUGUGUCUUCUGGUUUUCAUUCCAAGUGAGCACUCAAUCUCUUCAGUAAACCCUUAAUUGAACUAAUAACUUGCUUUUAAUUACAACUUUUUAA